AUGGCUUCCAUUAGCUGGCCCAUAUUGUUGCUCCUAGUAUCUGGACAACUCUACACUACAUCUGGCACCAUCGGUGGUCAUGGUAACCUCACUGCAACUUUUGAGUGCCUCCCAGAUCAGGCCUCAGCACUCCUACAGCUGAAGCGAUCAUUCUCCUUCGAAUGUGCCACGACCACCCUCCCAUCAUGGGAAGAUGGCAUGGACUGCUGCCGCUGGGAGGGUGUCGACUGUGAUACUGCCACCAGUCAUGUCAAUGCUCUAAACCUCAGCAAACGCAACCUCUACAGUUACGGCAUCGACCAGGCCCUCUUCAACCUCACCUCCAUUCAACUGCUCGACCUUAGCAUGAAUGACUUCGGCGGGUCACAACUCCCAGCUGUAGGGUUUGAGAGGCUUUCUUUGCUCACUCACCUGGACCUCUCAAGCUCAGGCGUCUCCGGCCAAAUCCCCAUCAGCAUCAGCAAACUCACGAACCUCGUCUCCUUAGAUCUUUCCAAUCAGUAUGCAAAUGACAACAAUGAGAUUUCAAGAAACCAUUUGCUGCUCUGGGAACCUAGCUUCAAGACCAUGGUGAGGAACUUCAGCAAGAUGAGGGAGUUGUAUCUCGAUGGGGUGAACAUUUCUAGCAGUGGAGAAGAGUGGUGCACUGCACUAGUCAGAUAUAUUCCUCGUAUCCGAGUUCUCAGCUUGGAAAAUUGCGGACUCUAUGGUUCCAUUCAUCCAUCCUUCUCAAGCCUUCGCUCCCUUGAGGUGAUCAACCUACAGCUCAACACCAUGUCUGGUGCAUUCCCUCAAUAUUUUGCGGAUUUUCUUAACCUGAGUGUUCUCAUGCUCCUUGGGUCUGAUCUUAAUGGGUUGUUCCCUCCAAAGAUAUUUGAACUCAAGCACCUCACAUCGCUUGAGUUAUCAGGUAAUGCAAACCUCAUGCUGAAAGUGGAGACUUUGCCAAAAGGAUGCAGUUUGGAGACGUUGGCUCUUGAUGGCACUAACUUAUCCAUUGCUAAGCCAAGCUCCUUUGGAAAUCUUAGGUUCUUACAGGCGCUACACCUUGAUGCAAAAGUUAUUUCCAAGGAACUUUCAUCAUCAUUGAGCACUCUUGACUCUUUGGAAGAAUUGUCGCUAUCUCGAUUUGUCUUAUUGAAUGAAUCAUUGUUCUCAUGGAUUGGUGACAUCAAGAAUUUGGUAUUUCUCACUCUUGAGUAUGGAGAUUUUUCUCGGACAUCAAACUCUUGGAUUGGGAAUCUCAUAAACUUAGAGGCCUUGGUAAUUUUGAAUUCUUUCUUCUCAGCACCGAUACCACCUGAAAUUGGAAAACUCAAGAAUUUAAAGAUACUAUCGCUCAACAACUGCAGCCUUUCUGGCAACAUACCAGCUUGGAUUGCGAAUUUGAAACAGCUGUCAUAUGUCAACCUUAGCACUAAUAACCUCAGUGGUAAAGUUUUGCUGGUUACUUUUUUAAAAAGACUGGAUUUUACAGAGUAA